CGCAAGAGAAAAAUAACCUUUCUUGACGAGUUCAAGAUAGUGGAUCCUUCAACUUUGACAAUGGAAACCUCAAAAAAAAGAGUUCCUGGAAAAUUGAUCGAUCGACUCUGGGAGCCAUUGGAUCCCCAGACUUUAGACUCUAUAGACAGGCUAUUGAAUAUAGCUUUAACAAUGACAAUUGAGAGAUAUGGCAAUACUGCUGAGACUCAAAAGGUUAUAGCAAAAACUUGGUUGAAUGUCCUGGAUUCUAAGUCAUUUCGUUCUCGCUUGGAAGUGACAAAAGUGCCGGCACCUUCAUCUAUGGCUACCAAUAAGUCGAACGAAAUCAGCGAUAUUCUCAGCUAUGAUCAACUAUCGCGUAGAAAAACUUUCUUGGAGACAUAUCUCAAUGCAGAACUCAAGCAGUUGCUGGAUUUGCAGAAACAUUACCAGGGCAUGGAGGUAGCAUACCAACUGGAUCUUGAAUAUCUUGAAGAAUUCAGAAAGACAACUGCAUCCCACGCUAAAGAUGUCAACAAAGAUAUAACCAAUAUUAGAGAAAGUCUAGGACUUGAUGCACGCAACGGUUCUUCGGAUAAUAUCAAAUUGACUUCUAAGACUGAUACGAAGUCUCUGUUUAAUCCCGACGAAGACGACGCAACAAAAGAGUUGCUACAGUCGUUACACAGCCACUUGCAAAGCAUCUCUUCUAAUACUGAACAGCUCGGCAGCCUUAAUGAUAAACUCGAACUAGUCUACAAUAUUCUCGACAUGUUAUAG